AUGUCUACUCACGAAUCUAUCUCUGACGAGGGCGAAUGGCUCGACCUCGAGUCGGAUGAGGAGUCAAUCCCCAUUACAUCCUUCUUCAGCGCCCAAACGUUCCCUACUGUUGCCGCUAUGCUCGAGGAUAGCAGCAAGAACCAUGGUUUCAGCUUUGCCGAUUAUGUCCAAAAGCUUCAGCUUGACUUUCACGGUGCUGUCAAGCUCGUCAACUUUGUUCGUGAUAGUGUAAAGAAUGGCACACCAUUGCCCAAGGAGAUCUCUGCAAAAGACCUCGAAGACGAGAAGUACCUUCAGCCUGUUCUGGAGAACGAUGCUCUCAUCUUUUCGCUGGACGAAGUAUUGGAGAACAUUACCAACGACCAAGCAGCUGAAUCCAACGAUGGAAAUCUCAAGGCCCGUAACAGGGAACUGGAGGAGGAGCUCGAGAAGCUCAGAGAUCAAUUUGCCAGCUACCGCUUGACGGUUCAGCAGACACUUGAUAAGCGAUGGGGCGAUGAUACCGAGACGGCUGCAACAGAGAAGAAGGAUGACUCUGCCUAUUAUUUCGAGUCUUACGCCGCACAUGAAAUUCACGAGACCAUGCUGAAAGACACCGUACGAACUGAUGCGUACCGUGACUUCAUCUACAACAACAAGCACAUCUUCAAGGACAAGGUCGUCCUCGAUAUCGGAUGUGGCACUGGUAUUUUGAGCAUGUUUGCGGCAAAGGCUGGCGCUAAGCAAGUCAUUGCUGUUGACAAGUCAGACAUCAUUGUCAAGGCUAGGGAGAAUAUUUUCCACAACGGCCUGUCCGAUGUUAUCACAACUCUCCAGAGCGCCAUUGAGGAUGUCAAGCUGCCUGUAGACCAGGUCGAUAUCAUUGUCAGCGAGUGGAUGGGCUACUGUCUUCUCUAUGAGGCUAUGCUUCCAAGUGUCUUGUACGCUCGAGACCGUUACCUGAAGCCCGAUGGUAUUCUCGCCCCCAGCUCUGCCACAAUCUGGAUUGCCCCCAUCGCAGACCCCGAGUAUGUUUCGGACCACAUCUCUUUCUGGAGAGAUGUCUACGGCUUUGACAUGAAGACUAUGCAAGAAGGUAUCUACGAAGAGGCCCGUGUCGAGGCCAUGCCACAAAGUUCUGUCUGUGGUGAACCCUACCCCUUCAAGGUGCUUGAUCUCCAUACCGUCAAGACCGAGGAUCUUCAGUUCAGCGCCAAGUGGUCAUCAAAACUCACCCGUGAGGUCGAAAAUGUCGACGGGUUCCUCAUUUGGUUCGACAACUUCUUCACGACAUCCAGAAGCGACCCAGUACCCCCUGCCGAGACAACACCAGAGACCUGGGACAAGAAAGACCAGGGAGGCGUUGCGUUCACUACCGGGCCUUCUGGCACUGUCACACACUGGAAGCAGGGACUUCUUCUCGCUCCUCCAGAGGUAAAAUCAUCUGCCAAGUCGCCCCAGAGUCUCUCUGGAGAUAUCGUUUUUGCGGCAGCUGACGACAAUGCCCGAGCGCUGGUUAUUAGGGCUUCUUGGACCGAUCUUGAGGGUGGCUCAAGGAAGCACUCAUGGCAGCUGAAAUAA